AGCUGAAACCGUUAUGCAGAUCUCUCUCUUUCGUUCCCUUGUUCAAUCAAGAAGAUUCGACGAUGUAACCUUGCGAGUUUUGGAAUCGAUCCUUGUUUGUAAGGAUGUUGAAUCUUCUCUUCAGGUGCAGUCUUGCUUGAGGGAGUUCAUGAGGAGCGAGAUUAUGUGCAUCAUUAAGGAAACCGCCGCUAGAUCAACUGAGGAUAAGCUUUACGUUAUUGAAUUUCUAGUUCGUACUUUUGCCCUAGUCGGUGAUGCCAAGAGUUGUUUAGCUAUGAGAUACGAGGGCUUGAUUUUGCGGGGCCUUGUGUCCAGCAGCAACUGUUCAUUACAAGUAUCGCAAAAAGAAUGGGUUACCUUUGCGGAACAUUCAAUGAAAAACGGGUUCUACAAAGUUGCUAAAAAGGCAUGUGAAAAUGCACUUGCAUGCUAUGAGACCGAUGACAUGGCUGAUGGGAUGACUGAUGAUGACUCUUAUAAAAAAGUUCAAAUGACUAACAAUAUUAAGAGACUUAGAAAUGCUGCUGAGGCAUCAUCUUCUUCUUCUAGAUCAGUGAGGGCGCUAGCAGCAGAGUACCUGAAAAAGAAAGAAAGCGACAAGAUUAAAAUGCAAGUUCGGGAUCAUGAAAAAACACCUUCUGUGGGUAGCAGUUUGUUCAGAGAAGGAAUUAAGAGACGUAACUUGAGAAGAUUGGUUGAUUAUCAAAACAUGAAGCAGCUCGAUCAAUCCAAAGAUAAUUAAGGAAAACAAGAGAACCACUCGCUACUGAAUUCGAAUUCGAAUCUCA